GGGCCGGGGGGCUACGCUCAGGACAACAUGCACCAGAUGCACAAGCCCAUGGACUCCAUGCACGAGAAGGGAAUAACCGACGAUCCUCGCUACGGCCAGAUGAAAGGGAUGGGAAUGCGGCCCGGCGGGCACGCGGGAAUGGGUCCUCCCCCGAGCCCGAUGGAUCAGCACUCGCAAGGUUACCCUUCUCCGCUCGGCGGUUCCGAACACGCCUCGAGUCCCGUUCCGGCGAACGGUCCGUCCUCCGGCCCUCAGCUAUCCUCGGGGCCCGGAGGAGUCCCCUUGGACGGUACCGAUCCCCAAGCUCUGGGACAACAAAACCGGGGUCCGACCCCUUUUAACCAGAACCAGUUACACCAGUUAAGAGCUCAGAUCAUGGCUUACAAGAUGCUGGCGAGGGGCCAGCCUCUGCCCGACCAC